AUGGCCACAACCCAGAGACCGUACAACGUGCUCAGCCCGUGGAAACUGGCCCAUAUCGUGCUUCGCACGGCCCGGUUCACGGAGAUGGUUGACUUCUACAAGCGCUUCCUGGGCGCCGAGGUCGAGUUCGAGAACGACCGGGCGUGCUUUUUGCGGUACGACGACGAACACCACCGGCUCGGCAUCAUCACGUACGACGGCCUUACGGACGACAUUGGCAGACGAGCCGCGGAGCCGGGAUUGGAGCACAUCGCGUUCACGUUCCACAACCUCAACGACCUCGUGACUGUGUGGGAGCAGCGAAAGGCAUUGGGGAUCGAGCCCGUGUGGUGCGUCAACCACGGCGCCACCACGAGCAUGUACUACGCCGACCCGGACGGGAACAAGCUCGAGUCGCAGGUGGACAACUUUGACGACCCUGACGAGCAGCGCCGCUUUCUUACUUCUACUACAUUCCGCGAGAACCCUGUCGGCACAGAUUUCGACCCGGAGGAGCUCAAGAGGCGCGUGAACUCGGGCGAGGAUCAUGCCUCGAUCAAGCGCCGCAUCGAGAUCGGACCAAGGCCGUUCCCUACAAUGGUCGGCGCGAGGCCCUGA